AUGGCGGCUUUCGAAGUAUGCACAACCUCAGGGGAUCAACAUGAUGACCAAGAGAUGGCCAUAUGCUCGUACAUCGCCCUCCUUUCGAUGCUUAUGGACCGGGAGGAGGAUGUGCACGAGCUACGAGUGAAGCAUCUUGUGCAAGGAGAACUCACAAACAAGGAGAUGCUCCGGUUCUUCAAGAGCCUUACCAAGCACCUAUCCGUCGGCCGGUCCUACCGCCGUAUCUUGAGACACAUCGAGAGUUACAAGGUCAAUAGGUGGAUGUGGAUUAAGCUGCACAGAUUCAUCUACAACAACUUCAAAACAAUGGUCAUGGUCUUCUCUGUGGUUGGUGUUCUAGCCGGCAUCUUCAAGACGCUCCUCUCUCUCAAGCAACACCAGUAA